CGUCCAACCCGACCUAUUUCUACUAUCGACUUAGACGAGGAUAUCAAGAAAGCCCUGGUCGAAGACGUCGAGAGGUACCUUAGCCCUGAACGCGCGCAGUGGUACGCUAAUCGUGGUAUCCCAUAUCGUCGAGGUUAUUUGUUCCACGGGCCGCCUGGGACGGGAAAAAGCAGCAUGUCAUUAGCCUUAGCCGGGUUGUUCAACAAAGAUCUGUAUAUGCUGAGUUUGAGUGAUGUCGAGAGUGAAAGCGAUUUGAAAGACCUGCUCGACACCGUCAAACAAACUCACAGCAUUGUCCUCUUGGAGGACAUCGACUCAGCAAGGAUUGGCCGUGAGAACAUGACCAAAAAGAAAGAAGAAGAAGAAGAAGCACACAAGAAGGGAGGCAUUUCUCUUUCCGGAUUGCUCAAUGCCAUCGAUGGACCCAAUGCACUUGAUGGAACGGUCUUAAUCAUGACCACUAACAACCCUGAAACUUUGGACAAGGCCCUGAUCCGUAAUGGCCGAAUCGAUAUGCAGGUUUACUUUGGUCCGGUUAGCCAAGUGGUCGCGGAGUCUAUCUUCCUACGCAUGUUCCAAAAGGAAAAUGAUAAGGAGCCCAAUGAAGCGGUAGAUGAGAAUAUCGCUCAUCUUGCCCAGCAAUUCUCCCUACAGAUUCCGGAUCGCAGUCUCACUCCAGCGGAAGUUCAGGGCUUUCUUAUGACCCAAAAUACCCCAGAGCAGGCCAUCGAA